CAAGUAAUGGACCCUACACCUAAAUUGAGGACUACAUAAUGCAACAAGCAAAAAAAUCAUUUGUGAGCAUCCCUCACUUACCAACAUGGUGUCCACAAAGCUUGUAUCGUUUCAGUUGAUUUUCAUCACAUUCUUGUGUUCACUUUUAAGCCUCUGUUCCACACAAGUUUCUGGUGUUUCUUUUGCCAAUGCUAUUGUCAAGGUUGGCCAUGAAGCCGCACAAGAUGAAGACAUUGAAGCAAGUGCUCUAUUAAAGUGGAAAGCCAGUUUUGAUAACCAAAGUCAGGCUUCUUUGUCUUCUUGGUCCAAUAUUACUAGUCCUUGCAAGUGGGAAGGAAUUGUUUGUGAUGAAUCCAACUCUAUCAGCACUAUAGAUGUUACAAAUUUUGGUCUAAAAGGUACACUUCUCAGUCUUAAUUUCUCAUCCUUUCCUAAGUUGUUGAGUCUAAAGUUGAGUUACAACUCCUUGAGUGGACCUAUUCCCCACCAAAUUGGCAAACUGUCAAGAAUUUCUCAGUUGAAAAUGGAUCAUAAUUGUUUCAGUGGUUUCAUCCCCCAAGAAAUAGGGGCAUUGCAUAACUUGGAGUAUCUAUCCAUGAGAGCAAAUAGUCUUUUUGGUUCCAUCCCCAAAACAAUUGGAAUGUUGAAAAAUCUUGUCAUGCUUGAUUUGUCAUCCAACUCUCUGUCUGGUGCAAUCCCUUCAUUUUCAAAUACCAACUUGACAAAUUUAGAACAACUUAUCCUCUUUAACAACCUUCUCUCUGGCUCUAUUCCUGAGGAGUUGGGAAGACUUCAUUCUCUCACAACAAUCAAACUGUUAGAAAACAAUCUUUCCGGGCCAAUCCCUUCUUCCAUUGGAGACUUGGCUAAUUUGAGAACACUUCAGCUCAGUUGUAAUAAAUUUGAUGGAUCAAUUCCUUCCACCUUUGGAAACUUGACAAAACUCAUUGAAUUGUCCAUGAUGGAAAACAACCUUUCUGGAUCAAUUCCUGCUUCCAUAGGAAACUUGGUCAAUCUGGAGAAGCUUGGCCUUGCAAUGAACAAUCUUUCUGGACCUAUUCCCUCUUCCUUUAGAAAUUUGACAAAGCUCACCUUCUUAUUACUUUAUAUGAACAACCUUAAUGGUAGUUUUUCAACAGCAAUAAAUAACCUUACUAGUCUAGUAAGCUUACAACUAAGCUUGAAUCAUUUCACUGGCCCUUUGCCACCACAUAUAUGCCUUGGAAGGUCACUUUCAAAUUUUUCUGCCAAUCAAAAUCAUUUCACAGGUACAAUUCCAACAAGUUUGAAGAACUGCUCUAGCCUUUUUAGGCUCAACCUUGCAGACAAUAAUUUGACAGGAAAUAUUUCAAAUGAUUUUGGUGCAUAUCCAAAGUUGAGCUACAUUGAUCUGAGAUACAAUAACUUUUAUGGCCACCUUUCAUCAAAUUGGGCCAAAAGCCAUAAUCUCACAACUCUUAAGAUGUCCAACAACAAUUUAAGCGGUGGUAUACCGCCAGAACUUGGUCAGGCACCCAAGUUAGAGCAACUUCAUUUGUCUUCAAAUCAUUUAACUGGAAAAUUUCCAAAAGAACUUGGUAACUUGACCUCAUUGUUUGAUCUAUCAAUAAGCAACAAUGAACUUUUUGGCAACAUUCCUUCAGAAAUAGGUGCUCUAUCUCACCUUCAAAAUUUGGAUCUUGCAGCAAAUAAUUUAGGUGGCCCAAUUCCAAAACAGAUGGGAGAGUUGCUCAAUUUACUUCACUUGAACUUGAGCAAGAAUAAAUUCACAGAAAGCAUUCCUUUCUUCAACAAAUUGCAAUCUCUGCAAGAUCUUGAUCUUAGUUGGAAUUUGUUAAAUGGAGAAAUACCGGCAACACUUGCAUGUAUGCGAAGAUUGGAAACGUUAAACCUCUCACACAAUAAUCUCCAUGGAGUCAUUCCAUCUAGUUUUAAGGAUAUGAUUAGCUUGACAAAUGUUAACAUAUCCAACAACCAAUUAGAGGGUUCAAUUCCUAACAAUCAAGCUUUUUUUAAGGCUCCAUUUGAUGCAUUGAAAAAUAACAAAGGCUUGUGCGGUAAUGCUUCCGGGUUGGUGCCUUGCACAAAGUUUAGUCCCAAUUCUCAUGGUAAAAAGAGAAAUAUCAUCAUGUUGAAACUAUUCCUUAUUUUGGGUUCAUUAUCGCUAGUAGUGUGUGCAGUUGGAGUUUCAUUAUAUAUUCAUUGGCAAAGAGCAAGAAAAAUCAAAAAACAGGCCGGAGAAGAACAAAGUCCAGAUCUUUUUUCCAUAUGGCAUUAUGAUGGAAAAAUAGUGCAUGAAAAUAUCAUUGAAGCAACAGAGGAUUUUGAUGACAAAUAUCUCAUUGGAGAAGGAGGGUUUGGAGCUGUUUACAAGGCUAUGUUACCCUCUGGCCAAAUUGUUGCUGUGAAAAAACUUCACGUUGAAGUUGACAGGGAAACACUUAAUUUUAAGGCUUUUACAACUGAAGUUCGAACCUUGACAGAAAUCAAACAUCGUAACAUUGUGAAGUUGCGUGGAUUUUGUUCACAUCCACGCUACUGUUUUUUGGUUUAUGAGUUCCUAGAAGGUGGUAGCUUGGACAAAGUACUAAACAACGACACACAAGCAGUAAUGUUUGAUUGGAAUAAGAGGGUUAACAUUGUUAAAGGUGUAGCAAAUGCUUUGUAUCAUAUGCACCAUGGUUGCUUUCCUCCUAUUGUUCAUCGUGACAUAUCAAGCAAGAAUGUUCUUAUAGGUUUGGAUAAUGAAGCCCGCAUCUCGGAUUUUGGAACAGCUAAAAUUCUGAAUCCUGAUUCACGCAAUUUCACCUCGUUUGCAGGCACUUAUGGGUAUGCUGCACCAGAGCUUGCUUAUACUAUGGAAGUGAAUGAGAAAUGUGAUGUGUUUAGUUUUGGGGUUCUUUGUUUGGAAAUAAUAAUUGGAAAUCAUCCGGGAGAUAUCAUUUAUUGGAUGUAUUCACCCUCUUCAACACCAAGAAUGUCCAAUUUGCUAUUGAAGGAUGUGUUGGACCAACGACUUCCUCUUCCAAUGAGGCCAGUUGCUAAGGAGGUCGUCUUGAUUGCAAAGAUAGCAUUUGCUUGCUUGACUGAAAGACCACUUUCUCGACCAACCAUGGAAGAUGUGCACAACAUGUUUGUGAUGCCUAAAUCACCUUUAAUGAAGGAGACACUCGACACCAUUGCACUUGGACACCUUCAAAAUUGUUGAAUUUGGUUUUCUUUUGUAUUGCAAGUUUUAGUCAUGUCUUGUAACCUUGUCUAUGUAUAUCUUGCAAUAAAUUGGUUCUUUGCAAUGAAUUGAAGUUGUGAAAAUUUAUAACUAGAAUUCAUAUAUUAAGUCAUGUACAUGUAUCAAUAUCUCGUAAAUGAAAUUUUGCUUAUUAUUA